UACCAGAGUCGAGAGCAUCAUCAGAGUAGCACCAGCAUCCCAACGGAUCUAUCGACAGAUCUAAAGCUUUCUCUCCCUCCUCGCGAGUGUCAAUCGCCUCCAUCAUCAUUCAUUCGAAAUAACGAUUGAUCCAUCCACGACUUUCCCAGACGUAUAUACGAGCCAUAUAAACACGCGAACCCAUCAAUAUUGAGUUUUCAAGGUUGACGACAUUUCAUCGAAACAUUGAUGCCACAAGCGAUUCGUUAUUGCUGAAUAUAAAUCAACGAAUGUUAGUAACGAUCAUAGUGCAAUCAUCGUAUCUAUGACCAUCGAAAGUGAUAGUUCGGGAUUAUAAUUUUUUCGGUCAAUACUUCGUGAACAUGUUGACAGCAAUUGGGAGGAAACGGUAGUUUCAUCAAAUCUGGUUGGAACUCCAACAUUUUGUUGUGUCAUUUGACAAUUUCGGUUAAUUUAUUUUUUCGGAUACGAUGAUCUCUCGAUGGUGAUUAGUGUUUUGAAGUUUAUCCUCGUGUUGUUCUUUCGUAUCAUUGUUAAAUUUAUUACUUCAUGGAGCACGUAAUCAAGGAUAAGAAAAGAGGCUGCGUUAUUAUCAGAUUGAGGAAAUAACUGCUGGCUUUAACGGAGCAAAGUGCGUUCAGUCUUCGAUAAGGUGAGUCAUAGUCUCAGUCAGUGACAAAUUCGAUAGCCUCGAGACUCUAAAAGAACUCGGUAGGUUGGUCGAAUACCUUGGAUCGGUAUUGAGGAAGGGGAGGACGAAAAGACACGACUGUUCGUAAUGAUGAAAACGGGGAAGAAAAAAGCGAGAGACGGGGAAGAAGAAGGAGAGUGGAAACGCCAGAAGAACGCGUUGAUUCUCUGCCAAGUUUACACUCCUCACCGAGCCAGGUUUAUGUAAGCUGCGUAAUAAUCCCACAAGCUGAGAAAGCGAGCAAGAUAGAUAGAGAACUGUAAAAGAGAGUGAAAAGGGGAAAGAAAAAGAAAAGUGCAAUAACGACGUUGGGUUAAACCAAAAUUCCGGACGGUUUAACACGAGAAAAACAAAGUUGGCUGGCAGCUGCGGAAUAGAAAAUAUUUGGUUGGACCUCAUUGAGAAGUUGAAGAUGGAUAGCGUAGACGAUUCGAUAAUUGGGACACCUGCUGAUACAUCCAAUUUAUCAACUCCAGAAUCAUCUUCGAGUGAAAUUUCACAGCCUACGGUCAAGUUGAGAACAAACGUUAAGAAGGAUUCUUCGAAGUGUCGAAAGAGCCAGCGGAACGUGAUCGCUAAUCAGAACCACAGUUUGGAUAAUCAUCAACCAUUUUUGCAAACGUUGGAUCAUGAUGGUCGUCUUCUGGUAGAGACAACUGGAAGAACGGCUCAGAGAGCACGUGCAUCGAUCCGACAGAGUUCACGAUCGAAUGAAAACUCGUGGAAAGAGAACUCGCCAACGGAAUGCAACGAUCACUGGUGGCCGGAACAUGCUUACGAACCCGGAAAGUCUCGUAGCACGACAAACGUUAACGAUAAAAAUGUCAACAAAAAGAUUAGACAGCGUCAUUACUCUUACGGGAUGGAGGCAUCAAGAAGAUCUUGGGAAACUUCAGAGAUCCAGAAAAGAUAUUCCGCAGGUGAUUAUUUACGUCAGCAGAUCCUUGAGGAUCUGAGCUCGAACGAAUUAAUCGGUAAAACCGAGGAACAAAUAGCUGAGGAUCGAUGCAGCAGAGUGAAAGCUUAUUUACGACGUAGAAACGUAGAUUCUUCGUAUGUUUCUCCUGUAGACAAAUUGAGAGAGCUAAGGAAUUGCUGGAAGUCCGAAGGGAUAGACAGAGCUAACGAUUCCAUCAGCGUACUUUAUAACGCCGCUAGAAGAAACGAUCUUGAUAGAAUUAGGGCUUAUCUGCAAGAUCAAAUACGAAGAAGAAUGAACGAAGACGAACGGAAGAGAUGCGCGAACGAGAAAUCGUCGAUGAAGUAUCCGAAGGAAUUGAGUGUGCAAGAUAUAAAACGAAGAUAUUCCGAACACAGUAGAGUCAAGGAUCGCGAUUAUCCAACGCGACGAGUUCGCAGCGAUAUUAAUGUUAGACGAGAGCACCAAGUGAUCCCGAGUUCUGAGAGUGGUCAGGAUGAAGGGGAUCCUUUGAAGACUCGAUUUUCAAGGUCGAAAAGCGAACAACCAAUGGAGAAUGCUUGCAGAAGAACGCGAAGUAACGUUAUACCGGAAACUGUGAUUGAUCCUGAAGACUACGAGAUCAGAAAACGUUUCUAUUCGUAUACCGCUGGUUACCGGAAGCCCUGGCAAACAAGGAGUUGUCUCACGUUUGAGAAUAAGCUCAGUCUACCUAGUCACAGUUCUAUGAACUUGGAUCAAGAACCUUCCUCACCUUCUGCUCUCAAAAACGAGUUGACAAAUGAAAAAGGGAAAAAUCGUAAGAAAUACUGUCAUAGGACUCGGAGCGAUACACUUCCAGUAAAAAUAGUAUCACCAAGCAUUCCCGGACGUAGAAUGAAACGCCGUAGCGUCUCCUGGUCGGAUAAACGAAAAUUGCAUCGCAGAAUCAGCGAGAAACUCGCUUCGGUUGCGGACGAGACGAGUUUGGAUUCUGACGCAACUGGCACGAGCAACAUUCGUGGAACUAAAAUUCAGCAAGGUAAUUUGUGCUCCUGGCGUGAGUACAAGGAAAAGAGACGACAGGAAAGGUUGCUCAAAGAAUCUACGAGUAACGUUGCCGAUGAUAACGCUCAGCAAAUUUGUUCGGCUCCAGCCAUUUGGAAAUAUCUUUCCCAACGUCCACCGAAUCGCGAACCCGAAUCGGAAGUUCAUCUGAAGAAAGGAUCACGAGAGGCCGUUAAUUGCGAACGAAUAAAUGAUUAUUCAUUGAACGAAAAAGAUUCGAAUGAUCCGGAGGCGAAAACGUCGAAGGAAGUAACGAGCACGAACGACAAAAGCACGGAGACCACAAGGAACGUAGGAGACACAACCGAAGAUACUGAGACGGAAACGAUUCUCCAAGAGAAUUAUUUAUUGUUAGAGAGGAACGGGACUGAAGAACCAAACCACGAGGCAGAACUCUGGUCUCCGACAACCAUAUCAAAGCUUCAAGUGAAUGAAUAUCGAGAUCCGGAUCUCACGUUCAAUUACGAAUUCAACAUGGUGGAUUUUGGUUACGACACGAUCCCAAAAAAACGUAGUAACAACAGCGACUCUUCGAGACGAAACCGAUGGAUGGAUAUUGGUGGUAACUCAAGAGUUAAAAAAACGGACACCUUCAAAAUCGUUGACGGCAGCGAAGAAGCUCUCGACGAAGAGAGCCAAAAAAGAGAGUUGAGUAAUACCGAUGCAACUUCGAGGCCAUUGAUGAACGACCCGAAGAGUUCAUUGGACGAUGAAAAUGUUAGUGUCAACACAACCGAGCCAGUUAUCAACUCGCAUUACGUGGUCGAUCGCGACCCAAAAACAUCCACUUCUUGCCCGAUCGUCGACAACUACGACGACGCUGUUUCACCGUCGAACAAGGACAUCGCCAGAGAUUAUUUCAAGAGGGUUUACGAGCUCUUGAAACAGCGUCAGGAUCGUGGCAAACGAAAAAUUUCUGGCUUAUUAGCUCCUCUGAGAUGCAACGAAGACACUUCGUCCUCGAACUAUUCUGAUCACGAGGAAGACCGUAGAAGAAGACGUCGACGCAGAAAAAGAGAUAAGUCUUAUCAAGGCGAAGAACUCGUAGCCGUUACGCCGGGGGUGAACGACGAGGGGGAUUGGCCGGUGCAGAAGUUCCUGGCGAACGAGGAUUCAGGUGGGAACUUGAUAUUCCGACGUCCUCAACUGCACAACGUGACGGGGCAGAAACGUCCGCGUCCACCGGCACCUCCGAUACCCGCAAACUGCAAAAUCAAUGCCAAGGACAUAAGCAAAUAUUUUGAUUAUCCGAACAAGGAGAACAGCAGCCCGAGCAAUGGCGUGAACGAGAACAAACAGAGAGUCGAAAGGAAGGGCCAAAAGGACAGUCCACCGGACGAGGACAACGAGAACGAGAUGGGCUCGAAUUUGAGUCGACACAAUGGCAAAGGACUCACUGGACGGAGAACACAAUCCUCCGGUAAUUUGUGCGAUCCUAAGGGCAAACUCAAUCAUGUUGGAAAAAUCCUCGUACCUUGUUCGAGUUCCCAAAGAGAAAGGUACAAAAUAUGUGGAUCUUUACCGAAUCAUUUGGACGAUAAAGAAAUUCUCGACGAGGAAGAUCCGAGGGAAAAUAACAACGUGAUAUCGGAUACAAUGGUCGGCAACUUGGGGGGCACUUUACCCCACAAGAAACGUGCUCUGGGGGUUCAUUUCUCUGACACUGGGCCAACAGGUACGCUGGAUCUCGUCAAGCAUCGAUCUCAAGAUUCUCUCGAAGGAGAUCCUUGGAGGUAUCAAGAUGGCGUCGAUUUAGAUUUGGUGAGGUGCAAACACGGGAAUUUUGAUUUGGUGCGAAAAAAUCAAAGCGCGGACGCGGUUGACGGUGAUGGUUCUAGUCGUCGUUACGGGACGAUGGCUCGCACAGCAGAGGCCAAAUGUCACCGUAGCGCGGAUCUCGAUCUCGUGGGAGCAUUGCCAAAGAGAAAACCUGGGGACUCGAGAGCUGCUCGACAAAAUCGUGCUAUCGAUCGCAUCGACAGUGAUUUAUUGAUGAAGGUCACGCACAAACCGGACUGCGAAUUGAUGAAGCAUCGCCAAUUGGAUCGCGCGGUCGAUCUCAAGUUGAGCAGAUUAAUCAGCGGAGAACCUCAGGAUCAAGGAUACGCCUCGGAGCGCUCGCCGGAGGAUGAACAUCCGCCAUCUUUGCCGGAACAACACUUUCCGAACGCGACGCCCGAAAGUACGUUUUGCGUAACCCUACAAAAAAGUAGCAGAGGUCUCGGUUUGAGCGUAUCGGGGGGUGGUUCAGCUGGUCCCGUAAGGGUUAAAAGGCUUUUCCCGCAGCAGCCAGCGGCACUAUCGAACAAAUUGCAGCCCGGUGACAUUCUACUAGCAGCGAACGGUGUUCCACUGACUGGCCUCACCAACUACGAGGCUCUGGAAGUUCUGCGAACUACGUCUAGCACGGUCGAGCUUGUUGUUUGUCGUCUUCCCGGUGACGCGAGCAUCACCCCACCUGGUGCACCACCACCACCUCCCGCCAGACGAGAACCACCACCUUCCUUGAGAAUUCUCAAUCCUUUGCCUCCUCUCCAGAUUGAACCCUGCGGGGAAUUUGACAUAGAAAUGACAAAAGUAGCUGGUAGCCUGGGCUUCACCUUGAGAAAGGUUGACAGCAGUGCACUGGGGCAUUAUGUUCGUGCACUGGUGCGGGAACCAGCCCUUAGUGACGGUAGGAUUCAACCAGGCGACAAAAUAGUCGCUGUAGACGGUGCAACUUUGUCACCAAUGAGCCACGAGGAAGCUGUCGCUCUUCUCAGGCAAUGCGGUCCGAGGGUGAAACUUCGUUUGUAUCGUGACUUGGCCCAAACUCCUGUCUCGGCACUCUCGCCCACUGAGCCGGAUCAUCCACUCCGUCCACCGAGAACUAGUUUGAGACAAGAAGCCGUCGACAUGUUGUGCGAUCUUGCCGUACGAAAAUUGUCUCCUGGCACGUCAAACGGCUCGACGUCGAUCCAGACUUCCGGUGGCUCGUCCAACUCGCCGAGAAGACUUCGAAGACCUCCCUCGAGGACACCCACCGCAGACAAUGAGCACGAUAAUCCAAUUACGUUUCAUCCCGUAAAUCCAUCGAUAACGAUCCAGACGGACGGAUCGGAAACUGAUCAAUGUUCGAUUAAAACUCAACCAUCGAAUUCUCAAUCGGAAACGGCUCUGAACGACAUAAUCGAUCCACCGCCACUGUACGACGUGUGUGACUCGAGCGAUUCCUCGAAAUUCGCGCCAAGACCGAGUUUCCUAAACCUCGGUGGGUCCUCAGAAAAGCCCCAUUUCCAAUUCAAUGUCGAAUCCGAUUCGGAAUACACCGGGCCUACUAUCGUAACUGAGAGUGAUUCGAAUCUGACUGGCGAACGCGACUACGAAGACAAGCAUCGCGUCACCGACCGGACUACUUUGUCGAGCGACGAACAAGACAACAAUUUACCUUUCGAGCCUGCCUCAAUGCCGCCACUCUUGUCAACAUCCAGGACAACUAGCGGUGUUUUCAGCUACAAAAAUCCGGCCUAUCAGAGCGCCAACCCUACUUGCGGCGGUAUCGACAAUAGCGCUAAGAACAAAGCCGCGCAUUCGAGCGAUCAAGACAUUCCAGGCAAAGUUCUUGGCGCAGAAGAUCCCGUGGGAAGCAAGGGUUUGCUCAAGUGGAAGGGCGUCAUGUUUGCUCCCGACGACGACGUUGACGAGGAGUCAAGAGGGAAAACGGAAACCGAGGAUGCCCCAACGGGAGCCACUAAGGAGAGUGCAACUCGACAAAAUAUUACGGACGAUGGGAGCGAGGUGUUUAUGGUGGAAUUGACACGCGGAUGGAACAGCAGACUCGGCUUCAGUUUACAACCUGAGGGUAAUUCUACCGUAAUAUCCGUGGUGCAUCCCGAUAGUGUUGCAGCUAAGGAUGGCAGACUCAGGCAGGGUGACGUGUUAAUUAUGGUUAACGACGAAAGUGUGGAAAAUAUGCCGACUGCAGAGAUAAUAGACUUGUUACGAAAAAUUCGGGGUUCCAUAGGUAUAACGGUGAUGAGAAAAAGCAAAAAGAAAACUGUAUCGUGAUAGAGUUGAGGGAAUGAAAUUCCUGUGAGAUAAAUCGAAAGAAAGAGCUUCAAGGAGGAAAAUAGAGCUGGGAACGCGCUCUGGCUCUGAAUAAGAUGAAAUAUAUUGAUGCUGUAAAAUCAAAAAAUCAAGCAAGCAGGAGCAACUAAUGAAGGCUAAAAAUCGAGAAUGAAAUUUAGCAUCCAAACGACCUUAAUCUGCCGGAGAGAAAUGAUUUCUCAUUGUCCGCAUGCGAGAAACAAUUCCUAGCAAAUAUUUACAAAAUGAUAGAGUCAGGAAUGAAAAAUUGAUCAAAUAAAAACAUAUAUAAAUGUAUAUUUGUCGUUACGAAGCUGGACAAUAGAACUUAAAAAAGUACACAAUUGCGAAACGUUCGUGAAUAAAGCUCUCAAGACUUGAGAGCUGUAUUAUUUAUGUCUCGAAAAAGAAAAGCAAAAUAUAAGCGUAUGAUGGAAACUGAUGAAUUCAUUGAAACCGAGAAGAAGAACAUACUUUGUUAAUCAAAUAGUCAAUCAAAAUAGUUAUAUAUUUCCUAAAGACGUAAUUUUCGAGAACGUUGUAUCUGACUAAAUUGUUCAUAUACGUGUGUAAAUAUAAAAACCGUGCGACUUAUUACUUUCGUUUGAAGCAUAUAAAGAAAAAAAUCCGAAAAAAGAAAAUGUCUAAAAAAAAUAGAAAACACAAAAAAUCAAUACAUCUGCAGCGAAGAACCGUGCAAAGAUCUUUGUCUGUUUGGCAACUCAGAAAUUGUUAAAAAGUUGAAAUAUCUCAAAUGAUUUACCGAAAUUUCGUCGCGUUGAACGAAAAUAAUCUACUUCGAGUGCACACUCCAACUACUCGAUAAAUUUAUUCCGAUAUAUUCCGUUCGUUUUCACCACUCGUGUGAAAAUGUUUCAAAUAUAUAUAUAUAUAAAUACACGGCUUUAAUACAUAUCGUUUAAUCAAGAGGCAACUUAGACUCUCAGUCACCGUUAAACGUUUAUCGAGUCUUGAACUCAUGAAAUUCGAGUGAAAACGUCCAGAAGAAUGAAUAUUGAGACGAGUUUAAAAAAAAAAAAAAAAAAAAGAGAAAUCACGUAGUUAAUAAACAAAAAUGUAUAAAUGCCUAUAUUUAUAUAAAUACGUUGUAUGAGAGAAAAAAAAAUACGUACGAGGCAUUUCACGUCACGGAAGACUGAAAGCAAAAUUGCGAAGUUGUUCAAGUGUUUUUCUUCGAAUUUAUAAAAUUCGAAUAGACACGUUAAAAGGUAUCUCGUGAAUGGUGGAACAUGUAAUAAACUGGUCCGAGUGAAAAUGGCCGAAGAUAUUCUCGAGCGCGUAAAAGUUGACUGGAAAACUUCAUAUAUAUUUAUUAUAUAUAAGUAUAUAAACAUAGAAAAUGGUAUGUUUGAAAAGACUGUGUUACGCGAUCUAUCUGUUAUCGAAUUAAAUGAAACUUCGUCGUUCAUAGAUCUUCUGAAAAGUAUUUGUAAUUUUUUGUAUCAACUUUUCGUUCGAAUGCAGAAAAGCUAUUAAUUCCGUUGGAUCGUUACGAUACUUGGCGUAUUGUGUUCGAUAGUAAAUUCGCUGCCUGAUUUACGAAGCUAUAUACGGGAAAAUUGUACAACAAACACUCGAAAAUAAGAAGAAAACAAAAGACAGUAAAACAAGCAAUUUACUCGUUUACGGCUUGAUUCCUUGCGGUUGAUCCACCAACAAUUCUGUGAAUCUUUUGCAAAAGAUCUCUCUUUCUCACUUUCUCAAUCUUUGGAAUCGCGAGAACAUAUUUCACGAUCUUAAUGAAACUCUACGUUUGAGUAUUAUAAAAGAAAAAGAAAAUACAUAAAAAAUUGACAAAAAUAUGAUUGCGCGUCAUCUCGUUGAGAGAAACGUACGUAAAUUAAUAAUCAAUAAAUGUGAUAGCACUUUUAGGAUGUUAGUCAUUUCAAAUCUCUAAUAAACGUUAGUAGACAUUAUUAUUAUUACUACCGUCAAAAACAGGAUGGAAAAAAUCGGUAGCUACGAUACCAAAGUAACGUGUAAAUAAUUAUCGAAAGAAUCCCCUUUCAUCGUUACAAUUUAAAGCUUAUUAAAUUAUUCUUAAUACCUGUAUGAAAAAAUUAACAGAAUUAUGUAAAAACCCGAUCGAGUUAUUGUCAACUUAAAAAUAAUAACUCGAAGCAAUGUUGUAAUGGAUAAUUCAAUAAAAACAUAAAAUCUGCAUCUUUGAUAA